GUUUCGAACGUCCAGUCCAUCUCUGGUUUGCAAGGAUGUUUUUUUUUGUAACAGCCGGUGCCCUUUUGUUAGCAUGGAAAUGUCUUUGUUGCUGUUGCUAGGAGUGGAAAUCGACGGCUUGCAUGCAUACAUCGUCCUCGGAUUUGCUUAUCAGAAUACGAGUAUAUUCGUUGAGACUUGUAGUAUUUUCUUCUUUCAUAACGAUGUUAAGCUCCGUUAUGGAUACUAUAAAUACAUUUACAUGGGUUAUAGUAAAGAGAGGAAUGCCAGCUAUUGCACAACCCACUUGGCACCAAACCAUGAAUGACGCAUGCCUCCAGAUCCCAACACGAAUUAGGGCUCGUUUUUCUGCAUCCGGGGCGGU